CAUGAAUAGCAGUUGCCGGACUUAGCUCUUCGAAGUGCCAAUCAAAAAUCUAACGUGAAACGGAUACGGAAACCAUCACCAAAAACUUCCGAAGGAUAACUCAACGCAAGCAAUGGAAACAAGGCAACAGUGAACAAAGGAUACCACCAUUCUCCCAUCUACUUGUUCACUUUGUUUGUGUCUAACAACCCAGAGGGGAUCCAGGAAUAUUGUCCUUUUCCAGCCAACAGGAUCUAGCUCCAAUUCAAAAUGAUGUCCUUUGUCAACUCUCCCGCUCUGGAACAUUUACGCGGUGGCCGCAAUGUCAGCUUGGCCGAAACUGUUCCAGCCGAUAUCCUGCACAUGGUGGAUCCUUAUUGGUAUCAAUGGCCACCGCUGGAGCCAAUGUGGUUUGGCAUCAUCGGUUUCGUCAUCACCGUUCUGGGCAUCAUGUCGCUGACGGGCAAUUUCGUCGUCAUCUAUAUUUUCACUUCGGCCAAAUCGCUGCGCACCCCAUCGAAUAUGUUCGUCGUGAAUUUGGCCUUUUCCGAUUUUAUGAUGAUGUUCACCAUGUUUCCACCGGUGGUGUUGAACGGUUUCUAUGGCACCUGGAUAAUGGGCCCGUUCUGGUGUGAGCUAUACGGUCUGUGUGGUUCCCUGUUCGGUUGUGUUUCGAUCUGGUCAAUGACUCUGAUAGCCUACGAUCGUUAUUGUGUCAUUGUCAAGGGUAUUUCGCGGAAACCACUGACGAUCACGGCUGCUGUCUGUCGCCUGGCAUUCGUCUGGAGUGUGUGCAUGAUAUGGGCCAUAUUGCCGAUGGUCGGCUGGAAUCGUUAUGUGCCGGAGGGCAACAUGACCGCUUGCGGUACAGAUUAUUUUGCCAAGGACUGGUACAAUCGUUCGUACAUCAUUGUCUAUUCCUUCUGGGUCUAUCUGACACCGCUGUCUACGAUUAUCUUUUCGUAUUGGCAUAUUUUGAAGGCUGUGCGAGUUCACGAAAAAGCCAUGCGUGAACAGGCCAAAAAAAUGAAUGUUGCCUCCCUAAGACAAAGCGAUGCCGACGCCAAGUCAGUGGAAAUUAAAUUGGCCAAGGUGGCUCUGGUCACCAUAUCGCUGUGGUUCCUGGCCUGGACACCGUACACCAUCAUCAACUAUGCCGGCAUUUUCGAGUCCAUGAAUUUGUCGCCGCUGAGCACCAUUUGUGGGUCGGUGUUUGCCAAGGCCAAUGCGGUGUGUAAUCCGAUUGUCUACGGCUUAAGUCAUCCAAAAUACAAACAAGUUUUGAAGGAGAAAAUGCCCUGCCUGGCCUGUGGCAAAGAUGACACAGCAGCUGAAAUCCGGACUCAGGCCACAACUGAAGUCAGUGAAUCGGCGGCGUAAGGCAGUGCUGGAGAAUAACUCAAUUCGUGUCUGCUAUUUUAUAUGUUUCUAGGGACCAUAUUUUAUCUUAGCAUAUUUGUUGUAAUAUUUGUAAUUCCUGUAGUCAGAAUUUCUUCAUGAGGAAAA